AUGACUUCAGUUGCAAAGGUGUACUACAGUCAGACCACUCAGACAGAGAACCAGGCCCUGAUGGGCCCGGGGCUGCGCCGCCGGCGGGUACUGACCAAGGAUGGCCGCAGCAACAUCCGCAUGGAACACAUCGCUGACAAGCGCUUCCUCUACCUCAAGGACCUAUGGACCACCUUCAUUGACAUGCAGUGGCGCUACAAGCUGUUAUUAUUCUCUGCCACCUUUGCAGGCACCUGGUUUCUGUUUGGUGUAGUGUGGUACCUGGUGGCUGUGGCCCACGGAGACCUCCUGGAGCUAGGGCCUCCUGCUAACCACACACCCUGUGUGGUGCAGGUACACACGCUGACAGGUGCCUUCCUCUUCUCCCUCGAGUCACAGACCACCAUUGGUUACGGGUUCCGCUAUAUUAGUGAAGAGUGUCCACUGGCCAUUGUCCUCCUCAUUGCCCAGCUGGUGCUCACCACCAUCCUGGAGAUCUUUAUCACAGGCACUUUCCUGGCUAAAAUUGCCCGGCCCAAGAAGAGGGCUGAGACCAUCCGCUUCAGCCAGCAUGCUGUGGUGGCCACCCAUGAUGGCAAACCCUGCCUCAUGAUCCGUGUUGCCAACAUGCGCAAAAGCCUCCUCAUUGGCUGCCAGGUGACAGGUAAGCUGCUCCAGACCCAUUUAACCAAGGAGGGGGAGAGCAUCCGGCUCAAUCAAGUCAAUGUGGCCUUCCAGGUGGACACAGCCUCUGACAGCCCAUUCCUCAUCCUACCCCUUACUUUCUACCAUGUGGUAGAUGAAUCCAGCCCUCUGCGUGACCUGCCCCUGCGAAGUGGUGAGGGGGACUUUGAGUUGGUUCUGAUCCUCAGUGGGACAGUGGAAUCUACCAGUGCCACCUGCCAAGUGCGUACAUCCUACUUGCCAGAGGAGAUCCUCUGGGGCUAUGAAUUCACACCUGCCAUCUCACUCUCAGCUAGUGGCAAGUAUGUGGCUGACUUCAGCCUCUUUGACCAGGUGGUGAAAGUGAGCCCUCCUGGCUGCCUCCGAGAUACCACUGUCCGUUAUGGGGACCCUGAAAAGCUCAAGCUAGAGGAGUCAUUCCGGGAACAGGAAGGGAAGGAGGGCAGCGCCCUCAGUGUACGAAUCAGCAACGUCUGA